AUGGGUUUCUUCGAUUGUACCAGGAUAGCACAGGACCCGGCGGCAUGUAACAGGAUAGCACAGGACCCGGCGUCAUGUAACAGGACAGCACGGGACCCGGCGUCAUGUAACAGGAUAGCACGGGACCCGGCGUCGUGUAACAGGAUAGCACGGGACCCGGCGGUAUGUAACAGGAUAGCACGGGACCCGGCGUCAUGUAACAGGAUAGCACGGGACCCGGCGUCAUGUAACAGAAUAGCACGGGACCCGGCGGUAUGUAACAGGAUAGCACGGGACCCGCCGUCGUGUAACAGGAUAGCACGGGACCCGCCGUCGUGUAACAGAAUAGCACGGGACCCGGCGGAUAGCAUGGGACCCGGCGUCAUGAUAGCACGGGACCCGGCGUCAUGUAACAGGAUAGCACGGGACCCGGCAUCGUGUAACAGGAUAGCACGGGACCCGGCGUCAUGUAACAGGAUAGAACGGGACCCGGCGUCAUGUAACAGGAUAGCACGGGACCCGGCGUCAUGUAACAGGAUAGCACGGGACCCGGCGUCGUGUAACAGGAUAGCACGGGACCCGGCGUCAUGUAACAGGAUAGCACGGGACCCGGCGUCGUGUAACAGGAUAGCACGGGACCCGGCGUCAUGUAACAGGAUAGCACGGGACCCGGCGUCAUGUAACAGGAUAGCACGGGACCCGGCGUCGUGUAACAGGAUAGCACGGGACCCGGCGGUAUGUAACAGGAUAGCACGGGACCCGUCGUCGUGUAACAGGAUAGCACGGGACCCGGCGUCAUGUAACAGGAUAGCACGGGACCCGGCGUCAUGUAACAGAAUAGCACGGGACCCGUCGUCGUGUAACAGGAUAGCACGGGACCCGGCGGAUAGCACGGGACCCGGCGUCAUGAUAGCACGGGACCCGGCGUCGUGUAACAGGAUAGCACGGGACCCGGCGUCAUGUAACAGAAUAGCACGGGACCCGGCGUCAUGUAACAGGAUAGCACGGGACCCGGCGUCAUGUAACAGAAUAGCACGGGACCCGUCGUCGUGUAACAGAAUAGCACGGGACCCGGCGUCAUGUAACAGGAUAGCACGGGACCCGGCGUCAUGUAACAGAAUAGCACGGGACCCGUCGUCAUGUAACAGGAUAGCACGGGAUCCGGCGGUAUGUAACAGGAUAGCACGGGACCCGGCGUCGUGUAACAGGAUAGCACGGGACCCGGCAUCGUGUAACAGGAUAGCACGGGACCCGGCGGUAUGUAACAGGAUAGCACGGGACCCGGCGUCGUGUAACAGGAUAGCACGGGACCCGGCGUCAUGUAACAGGAUAGCACGGGACCCGGCGUCAUGUAACAGGAUAGCACGGGACCCGGCGUCGUGUAACAGGAUAGCACGGGACCCGGCGACCAACAUGUUCCCACGAUUAACACGUUCCCACGGUAACCUCCCCCAUCCUCUGACCUCUCAGAUUAACACGUUCCCACGAUUAACACGUUCCCACGGUAACCUCCCCCAUCCUCUAACCUCUCAGACCCACAUGUUCCCACGCUGCAGCUACCAUGCAGAGGACACAAAGGUCAGAGGUCAGAUCAGAGGACACAGAGGUCAGAGAGGUCAGAUCAGAGGUCAGAUCAGAGGUCAGAUCAUAGAACACAGAGGUCAGAGGUCAGACUGGAGGGCACAGAGCUCUAAGAGCAGCGCAGUGCGGCAGACCAACACAGUGUCUCUGAUAGAUUGA